AUGGCGUCGGGUUGGGCUUUGGAGGCCUCAUUGGUGAUGGCUGACACUGUCGAAGACGUGCCGCCCAACCGUUCUGAGGCUGAGGUGGCAUAUGAGGUUGCUAGGCUGACUGGGACUGGUGAUGGGCCUGAUCGGCUUGUGGAGAUUGGUGGGCCUGCAUCUGCUAUUGCACAUGGGCCUGAUGCUGCAAGAAGCACAGUUUUGGCGAAUGCAAAUGGUGCCAGGACUCCGAAGAAGAAGGGUCGACCUAGGGGUCGUCAUAACAAGCCUAAGUCUCAGGAUGGAGAGUUGGAAAGUAAGAGGACCAACCUGAUGUCGAGGUUGUUGGAUACUGAAGAACCUGAGGCAGGAACUGGGAUCGGAACCGGUAGCAUUUUCUGGUUCGGUUAUUACACUUUUGCAUACACAGAACCGAGGAGUGGACUAAGGCAAAGCAAAAACCCUUCUUCUCCAACACGAAAACCAUCUCUCAUAAAAUCACUAGUAGCAGAGCCAGACCUCAUCGCUCUCUCUCUCUCUCUCUCCCAAAUCAAAUUUCUCCUCAGAUCAAUCUCCAGGGGUUUCGUAUCAACCAAGAUGUUCCUCACAAGAACUGAGUAUGACAGAGGAGUAAACACUUUCUCCCCAGAAGGUAGACUUUUUCAGGUUGAAUAUGCCAUUGAGGCCAUUAAGCUCGGUUCGACUGCUAUUGGGUUGAAGACAAAAGAAGGUGUUGUGCUUGCUGUGGAGAAGCGCAUCACUUCGCCUUUGCUGGAACCCAGCAGUGUGGAGAAAAUUAUGGAAAUUGACGACCAUAUUGGAUGUGCCAUGAGUGGAUUGAUUGCUGAUGCUCGUACACUUGUUGAACAUGCACGAGUGGAAACUCAGAACCACAGGUUCUCCUAUGGUGAGCCAAUGACCGUGGAGUCUACAACACAAGCUCUUUGUGAUCUGGCACUACGAUUUGGUGAAGGUGAUGAAGAGUCCAUGUCUCGGCCAUUUGGGGUAUCUCUUCUCAUUGCAGGUCAUGAUGAGCAUGGGCCCAGCUUAUACUAUACUGAUCCAUCUGGCACAUUUUGGCAAUGCAAUGCAAAAGCUAUAGGUUCGGGUUCAGAAGGUGCAGACAGCUCUCUGCAAGAGCAAUACAGCAAGGACUUGACUCUUAAAGAAGCUGAGACAAUUGCUCUCUCCAUUCUUAAGCAAGUCAUGGAGGAAAAGGUGACUCCCAAUAAUGUUGAUAUUGCAAAGGUUUCUCCCACAUAUCAUCUAUAUACCCCUUCUGAGGUGGAGGAGGUCAUCAGUCGCCUAUGAGUCCUGUGAAUCGUUCUGAUUUGAAUCUGCACUUGUCAUUGUACUUGUUGUUUGGAGGAGGUCAUGAAUUGCCCAUAAGGAUAUUCGGAUUUGUUUCCUGUUGGUAAUUUCAGUGCUAAACCGGUGGCCUAAAUGAUAUAUUGGAACAUAAUGACAAUUUCAUGUGAACUGAUGAAGUUUAGUUUAGCCAUCAUGGUUUUUCUUCUAAAGAGUACUGGUUUUUUAUGGUGAA